AUGAAAGCUGUGGUGAGUAAGUUGCAUUGUUCAUCGGCGGAGGAGGAGAUGGUGGUGAGACGGCGGCCACACGUGGUGAACGGCGGUGGCUUUGUGGUGACAGAUCGCAAAGAGAAGAUCGUUUUUAAGAUCGACGGCUGUGGAGUUCUUGGCACCAGAGGAGACUUAGUUCUCAGAGACGGUGAUGGUAAUGAUUUACUUCUCAUCCACAAAAAGGGAGGAAUAGUGCAGGCUCUGAGCAUUCAUAACAAGUGGAGAGGUUAUAGCUAUGACUACCAAGGAAGCCCUAAACCGGUUUUCACAUUGAGGGAUCCCAAAAACUCUUGCUUUUCCAUAACCAAUUCUAUUCGCAUAUCGGUCCAACCGGGAAAUUGCUACUUUGAUGUGAGAGGGUACUUCCCGGAUAGAGAUUGCAGUAUCAUUGAUUCCGCCGGAAAUGUUAUUGCUCAGGUAACAGGAUGGAUUGGAAGCAGAGAUAUAUAUAAGGUAGUGAUAGAAGCAAAUGUGGACAAAGCUUUUGUUUUUGGAGUCAUCGCGGUUCUGGACUAUAUCUAUGGCGAAUCUACAAGUUGUUGA